AUGGUGGCUAGGUUCGAGAAUCAAGCUCCUGAAAAUCUUCACGGGAAGUAUCAAGCAAUGGUUGUUUGCUGUAUUCUUGGAAUCGGAUCUCUUGUUUCUUGGAACAGCCUGCUCAGUGUCGGAGAUUACUACUACCAAGUUUUUCCGGAUUACCAUCCUUCAAGAGUACUCACAUUCGUAUACCAACCAUUUUCGAUUGGAACAAUCGUGAUUUUCGCUUACAAUGAAUCGAAAAUCAAUACUCGAAAACGUAACCUGAUUGGUUACAUUGUAUUUACAACAUCCAUAUUCUUGCUCAUCAUUUUGGAUUUGGCAACAAAAGGACACGGUGGGAUCGGACCUUAUAUUGUUUUAUGCGCAAUCGUUGGUUCAUUUGGCUUCGCGGAUGCUUCUGUACGAGGAGGAAUGAUCGGAGACUUAUCGUUGAUGUGCCCUGAACUCAUUCAGUCAUUCGUAGCGGGUUUGGCUGUAGCUGGAGCUCUAACAUCAGCAUUUAGGCUGAUAACUAAAGCAGCUUUUGAGAAAACACAUGACGGUCUAAGAAAAGGAGCAAUGAUCUUUUUAGCUAUCUCCACAUUGGUAGAGUUUCUAUGUGUUCUGCUAUACGCAUAUGUGUUCCCGAAACUUCCAAUUGUUAAAUACUACCGAAGUAAAGCUGCUUCUGAAGGAUCCAAAACUGUUUAUGCUGAUCUUGCUGCUGCUGGUAUCCAAAACCAAUCAGUUUUGACUGCUGAUGAUGUUUCCAAGGAUAAACGGCUAAACAACAAAGAGCUGUUGCUUGAAAAUGUAGAUUAUGUAGUGAAUUUAUUUCUCAUCUAUGUUUUGACACUAUCCAUUUUGCCCGGGUUCUUAUACGAGAACACGGGACAACACGGGCUAGGCUCGUGGUAUGCGCUUGUCCUAAUAGCAAUGUACAAUUGGUGGGAUUUAGUUGGGAGGUACAUACCGAUGGUGAAAUGGCUAAAUGUUGAGAACAGAAAAGGACUAACCGUCGCGGUUUUAACCCGGUUUCUCCUCGUUCCGGCUUUCUACUUCACUGCAAAAUAUGGUGAUCAAGGAUGGAUGAUUUUGCUCGUUUCCAUUUUGGGAUUAACUAAUGGACAUCUCACUGUUUGCAUUCUUGCCAAAGCUCCUAGAGGAUACACGGGCCCGGAGAAGAAUGCGUUAGGAAAUUUGCUGGUGCUAUUUAUAUUAUGGGGAGCAUUUGUAGGAUGUGCUUUGGGUUGGUUAUGGCUUAUUGGUAAGAAAAAUGCCUUCUGA